AUGCCAGAAGCAGAAAGCGGCUUGUCUAAUUUACAGUUUCAAUCCGUGAAAGGUACCUCGGCGAAAACGCCAUUUCAAUUUGCAGCAGUGGACAAUAAAUUAGCGUAUACUGCUGGAGGUGGUGUGGUCGUCUCUACAAUUGGCACAGAAGGGAAUGUUAAGUCACAGCGGUUUUUCGUGGCUAAUGGAAAUAAUGAAACUGCGCAAACGGUCCUGUCUUUCUCCUCAUAUAAUCAGUUUUCAGACUCCCCUUCCGAUACAGAUACUCGCAGAGAUGUUUAUGGGUACCCUAUUGCACACUCGCCAAUAAUCUACGAGAGAAAUGGUGGAGAAGGUGUGGACUCACUGAGAGCGAGCUUAUCUAAGAAUGACCAUAAAGACGGUGCUGGGGGUGUUCUGCCAACGAAAAGUAAAUUGAGAGUUCGAGCCGUCAGUUGCCUAGCAUUGGCACCAAAUGGACGUGUGUUAGCAGUGGGGGAGGCCGGAUACAGACCUAGAAUCUUGCUUUAUUCGCUAGCUCGGGACUCUGCAGAUACUCCGUUUGCAAUAAUAUACGAACAUUCGUUCGAAGUCAGAUGCAUCGCAUUCUCGCCAGAUCUGCGUUCAUUCUGCUCGCUAGGCAAUUUGGCAGAUGGUUAUCUUUAUGUUUGGAAAUUCUCGCCUCUUUCCAUUACGCUAAGAGCUGGAAAUAAAUGCUCCUCAGUGGUCAAUGCGUUGUUAUGGCAUGAUUCAGGUUCGGGAGAUGGCCAUAUCAUCACCGCUGGGCUUAGGUUUUUGAAAGUCUGGUGUUGCGAUUCUUCAACCCUGGGUCUGCUGAAGCUGAGUAUCUUAAAGGGUAGAAAUGUGGUGCUCGGGAAGCACUUGGAUCAAAACUUACAGGAAGUACUCUCCAUCAACUCUGAUGAGUUGUUAGUGCGCGGAAAUGACAUAUUGUUUGUACUCCUGAUACGAGGUAGUACUCUCAAAUUUAUGCCUGUGUUAUUACACCCAGAAGGCAUUUAUGGACUCGUGCUUAAUCACUUGGAACAAAAACUUUGGUUCUUCGAUAAUGAGCGGAAACCUCAAGAGUUAAGUAUGAGUGAGUUACGCCCUAUAGAUGAAGGUCUUCUUAUUAAAACUCCAACAUCUCCUAUGAAAUCCCCGCCUCUUAUUCUCAACAUCUCUCCUAGCAGUGAAACAGAGUAUGGGCCAGUGGUAAAGUCACAUCAAUGGGAAACAAAGUUGAUUUACCUUACAAGGACAGAACAAAUAAAAGUAUACGAUUAUGAAUCCGAAUCAUCUCAGACAGUCAUGGGCCAAAAAACGGCAUCAAUUGCUGGAGGUAAAAAGACUGCGGGCCGAAAGUUGGUGUUCUUUUCAACUUCUGGUGAGAUCUACACGUUACCGAAAAAUGAAAAGUUGAGCUUGAUUUACUCACAUACAUUACCACAGUAUGAUGUCAUUACUAAUGAGUUAACAGCUGUUGAAGUACUGAAUGAUGUUCUAUUUUUGGGAGAUAAGUUCGGCCAGCUCUCCAUUCUUGACAUAUCUACCAAAGAUCUGAAUCCGAUUGUCAAUAUAAAGGCACAUUCAUCAACUAUUAACGAUAUUAUUUACUUCGAGGUCGGAGAUGUGAAAUUACUUUGCAGUAUUUCUCGAGAUCGAAUGAUCCAGCUAUACUACUGUGAUGAAAAUAAUUGGGAGUUGAUGAGAACUCUCCCUACUCACAACGGCAACUUAAUUUCAGCAACGUUUGUGAAUUCAUGCUUAUACAUUUGCUCUGCUGACAGAACAGUAUCUGUACAUGAGAUACUAGAUGAUGGGAAGCAAAAUGAUGGAGAACCUGUUUCUGUUUAUCAAAAAAAAAUUCUUACACUCAAGACUACUCCGCUUGCUAUGAAAGUUUCAGAGUCUACUCUCAUUGUGUCUACGAAUGACAAGACACUUCUGAUCUAUGACUCCACGACACUUGAAUUCAAAAGAUCCCUCAAAUUAUUCAGCGAUGAAACCAACGAAUCCCUCUGUGUCGAGACUUUUACCGUAUUGCCAGGCAAUUUUAUUGCCGUUUCCUCCUCAGAUAAGUCACUCAGAGUCUUCCACCUAAUUUCCGGGAAACAUAUGCGUGUUACCUGGGGUCAUUCGGAGACCAUAUUAGGCUUGUUUGAAGAAGAUAGUGUGCUCACGUCUGUUGGGUCUGACGGAUGUUUAUUCGAAUGGUCUUUACUUCACGAAAGCACAGUACUCAGCCCUAAGCAGGACAAAGGUUCUAGAGAAUUGACUCCAGACUCGUCUCCUCUCUAUGCUAAAGUUGCUAGAAAAAUCUUGCCGACUCCUCUUCUGUCAGCGCACUCGUCUCCCAGAAAAUCUUCUAUUGCCACUCCAACAGAUUCAAUUCAUGAAGCUGAAUCACCCACGAGGAGAUUGACUAGUGCAACGUUACGAAGAAUUGAAGCGAAGAAGAAGUCUACAGAGCUGCAUAGUCGGGGUCUCUCCAAAUCGCCAUCUAAAGAUUCUUUCUCAAGAGGUUCGUCUCCAAUGAAAAGUGGAGCAACACCCAGGUCGUCGUCAUCAUCUACAACGUUGAAUUUAUCAAGACAAUCAUCACCAGCACGCGCUUCACGGCCAGAUUCACCCUUGAAGGCGCAAAGCAUUCCAUAUUCUCAUAAUUCCAGACUUGGAGUAGCAAAAGAUCCUCCGGUGCUCGGCCCACCUCAUUCUACUACCCAGAAUGAUGCCAUGGAACGUUCAACUGCGUAUUUGGCCAUAAUUAAGUCAAUGGCUCAGAAAGGACAGUUCUCAGAGAAUGAUAAAAGUACAUUAAAACGUGACCUCGAAGAGAUCUUAUCAUUACUUGGGAUAAGCACCUACAACGACAUUCUCGAAAGAUACAGCACAGAUCUUGCUAAGUUGGUGAAGGAGAAGCUAAAUGACUAA